UGGCCGCCCCCAGGACACGAUGCCGGACUUGGGUCUGGCCCGGCGGGGCUCUGGCAUCUUCCUCCCGUCAGACAGCUCUGCUGCUGGGACUGAGGAGAGGCAUAGUCCCAAUAUCUGGAGCACACCUGGUUGGGAAAGGCUGGUCUGCUUCGUGGGUGCACAGACAUUAUUAUUAUUAUUAUUAUUUAUUGAAAUUUAAAUGCAACACAUAAGAAGUUCUUAAAAAUAAAACCAGAAGUGUAAAGAGAAAAAAGCAGGACCUACAGCUGCUUCCCAAAAUAAUAACCUGAAAGGGGCUAACAAUGGCAUUGUCACCUGGACACUCCAAGGAUGGCUCCUGUUGCUCCCACCAUGUGGCCGUGCCAAGUGUUCACCAGACUCUGGAGGAGAUGGAUUUUGAGAGAGGGAUUUGGUGUGCUGCUCUGAAUGGAGACCUUGAGAAGGUCAAAAAACAGAUCCUAAACCGCAGUAAUCCCAGCGAGCCAGAUCCUUUUGGAUACACAGCUUUGCACUACGCCAGCCGCAAUGGCCAUUAUGACGUCUGCCGAUUCCUCCUGGAGAGCGGAGCUGCCUGCAGCGCUCAGACCCAUGGCGGGGCCACCCCUCUCCACCGAGCCUCUUACUGUGGGCACACGGAGGUGGCUGAGCUCCUGCUGACCUACGGGGCUGAUCCAGCAGCCACCGACGACGACGGGAAGACCUGCUUGCACAAGGCAGCCGAGAAUGGACACGGAAACCUCUGCCUCCUCUUCCUGGAGCGCAACUCUGACCUGAGACGCCUGCAGGACAAGAACCUGCGUCGCGCCUGCGAUUUGGUUCCUGACAAGAACGAGGACUUGAGGAAGCUUCUGGAGUAGGGAGCUGAUUGUUGAGGAGACGAGGUGUUCUCUUAAGCAAGCAUUUCCACCGUCCUGCUAAUGUCCUCUGGUAUUACAAAGGCAUGUGUGAACCAAGUCUACUUUUGAGCUGUAUCUGUGUAGGAGGUAUAAGCAGUCUCGCAGUUCUAAUUGCUCCUCUUCAAGGCCUGGCCUAGAUUUUGGAGCCACCAAAGUAAGAGGGGGCUGUGGCUGUGACUCUGGGAUUAUGCUGGGGUCCCUGUGGUUGCUGAAAGAGAGUUUGUGGGGUAUGGGAGGGCUACUCCCACCCCUAAAAGCAGCUGGAUCUUGGGAAUGGCCAUUGCUCAGGUGUUAGGCAGGUGGGCUUCCUCAAUCAAGCUCCUUCAAUCGGCUUACGGCAUCUAUCCCUGGAUUUGGGGCUCUGGGAAAAUAUCUGAAGAAGGGUGCAUGCACACGAAAGCUCAUACCAAUAACAAACUUAGUUGGUCUCUAAGGUGCUACUGGAAGGGAUUUUUUAUUUUGUUUCGACCUUUGGUUAAGUUUCCACCAAUUUUUCUUCUAAUUUCUUCAUAACUGUACCCUUCUUCACUUAAUAGUACUAUUCUACAUCACCUUCUGGGUGACUAGUCAACUCUUUACACCAUUUCUUUAAUUUUAUUAUGUUUUACAAGCUCACUAAAUGAAAGAGAAAAAAAACCCAACUAACCUGAUAGCAAUCACAUAACAUACUGACAAAUGUCCUCCUUAUUUAUGUUGUAAUAAAUAAUCCUUCAUAAAA